GCCCAAAAGCCCAAAUAUGUUGAUGCCAAAUCCAACCGACACUAACCCUGAAGCUAAUCCACUCCAAUUAUAAUAAUGUUAUACAGACCACUGAAAUUAUAAUUUUGAUUUAUAUGUUGACUCAAUUAUCAUUUAAUGUCUAGGAUUAGAGUUGUAACCAGUCAGCCGCCAACUAUGGCCACAACGAAAGUUACUCGUGUAAUGCUAAAUUCCGGCCAAAUGAUACCGACAAUAGGCUUCGGUACCUCAGCACUACCUUUGCCACCGCCUGAACAACUAACAUCCAUAUUCAUCGAAGCCAUCGAGGCCGGCUACCGCCACUUUGACACGGCAGCAUCCUAUGGCACGGAGGAGUGCGUAGGCCGAGCAGUGGCUGCGGCACUGGACAGCGGCUUAAUCAAGAGCCGGAACGAAGUGUUUGUCACUUCUAAACUGUCAAUAUAUGAUACUCACCAUGAUCUUGUUUUGCCUGCCCUCAAAGAAACGCUCAGGAAACUGGGGUUAGAAUAUGUGGACCUUUACCUCGUACACUGGCCGAUAAUGAUUAAGAAGAGUGCCAACCAAUUCAAGCUCAGUGAAGAUGACAUGCUUCAUUUUGACAUAAAGGAAACUUGGAAGGCUAUGGAAGAAUGCUGUCAAUUAGGUUUAGCCAAGUCCAUUGGUGUCAGCAACUACAGUUGCUUAAAACUCGGGAAACUCUUAGAAAAUGCCACCAUCCCUCCUGCGGUUAAUCAGGUUGAAAUGAAUGUAGCAUGGCAGCAACAAAAAUUGCUUCAGUUUUGUAGAGAGAAAAAAAUUCUUGUUAGUGCAUGGUCUCCAUUGGGAGCAAAUGGUGCUGCUUGGGGCAGCCAUCAAGUGAUGCAGAGCCCCGUUCUUAAAGAUAUUGCAGCAGCUAAGGACAAGAGUGUAGCACAGGUAGCUUUGAGAUGGAUAUAUGAGCAAGGAGCAAUUCUCAUAGUGAAGAGUUUUAACAAAGAGAGGAUGAAAGAAAACAUUCAAAUAUUUGAUUGGAAGCUUACAUAUGAAGAAGAUACUCAGAUGCGACAAAUCCCUCAGGCUAAAGGCUUUAGAGGCGAACCCUUUGUUUUUCCAAAGGGGCAGUACAAAUCCGUGGAAGAACUUUGGGACGGGGAAAUAUGAAGUCUACUCUCUCAACCAGUUUAUUGGUCUUCUUGUGCUUUAAAUAAAUUCCUUUUAUUUGAUAUGAGCCCAAUGGCAAAAUGAUAAAGAUGGAACUUUUAUCUUACGCGGCAAGCCAAGAAAGCAAUAGUCUCUUCUUUGUAUCAAUGAAAACUCGUCUUUUGCUGCA